GGAAAGCCAAGCCGGGGUGCUAUUGAGGAGUCUGUGCAGCUCUUUGCCACACCCUGUGGCUUUGCUUUGAGGCCUUAGAGUUCCUUCUCCUCCCCCUGCUGCAUUGCACCAUGGGUAUGGAAGAGGGGUUUGAGUUUGGGGGAGCCGGGGACAGUUGCUGUCUCCUGGAGCCCCAGACGCCCAUGGACAGCCGGGCCCCGGUGGCAGAGCCGGGAAGGACCAGGCCCUCCUCUUCAGGGUGUGGGCCCCAAGGACCCUCCAGACUUGGGAGGCCUGCCCCACCAGUAGGACUUGCGCUGGGCAGUGAGGUGUGGAGGGGAGGUGGCAGGCUUCUGAGGUCCCUUGGACUCACACCAGCACCCCCACCCCUCAUGUGCAGCAGUGUUGCCGCCCGCUGUGCUAUGAGCAGUCAGAGCGCCGUCUCCACAAGAGUUUACAAAUGAAAAUGGAGGAAAUGUCUUUGUCUGGCCUGGAUAACAGCAAACUAGAGGCCAUCGCUCAGGAGAUCUAUGCUGACCUGGUGGAGGAUUCUUGUCUGGGAUUCUGCUUCGAGGUGCAUCGGGCUGUCAAGUGUGGCUACUUCUUCCUGGACGACACGGACCCUGAUAGCAUGAAGGAUUUUGAGAUCGUGGACCAGCCGGGGUUGGACAUCUUUGGACAGGUUUUUAACCAGUGGAAGAGCAAGGAGUGUGUUUGCCCCAAUUGCAGCCGGAGCAUCGCUGCCUCCCGCUUCGCUCCCCAUCUGGAGAAGUGCCUGGGAAUGGGUCGGAACAGCAGCCGAAUCGCCAACCGCCGGAUUGCCAAUAGCAACAAUAUGAACAAGUCUGAGAGUGACCAAGAGGAUAACGAUGACAUCAAUGACAACGACUGGUCCUAUGGCUCAGAGAAGAAAGCUAAGAAGAGGAAGUCAGACAAGAACCCUAAUUCCCCUCGGAGAUCCAAGUCUUUAAAACACAAAAAUGGGUUCUCUGUCUGUACCUCUGCAUCAAACACCCUUCCCCUUCUUUUUUCUUCUUCAGGGGAACUUAGCAAUUCGGACCCUUUUAAGUAUAACAACUCCACUGGGAUCAGUUAUGAGACCCUGGGGCCAGAGGAGCUUCGGAGCCUGCUCACCACGCAAUGUGGGGUGAUUUCUGAACACACCAAGAAGAUGUGCACGAGGUCCCUGCGCUGCCCGCAGCACACGGAUGAGCAGAGGCGAGCUGUGAGGAUUUAUUUCCUCGGACCCUCAGCUGUCCUUCCAGAGGUCGAGAGUUCCCUGGAUAAUGACAGCUUUGACAUGACUGACAGCCAGGCCCUGCUCAGCCGGCUCCAGUGGGACGGUUCAUCCGACCUCUCCCCCUCCGAUUCGGGCUCCUCCAAGACGAGUGAGAAUCAGGGUUGGGGUCUAGGUACCAACAGCUCCGAGUCACGGAAAACCAAGAAGAAGAAAUCCCAUCUGAGCCUGGUGGGGACUGCCUCCAGCCUGGGCUCCAACAAGAAGAAAAAGCCAAAGCCCCCGGCACCCCCGACGCCCAGCAUCUACGAUGACAUCAACUGACUCGGGUGCAAGGGAUAGCCUUCGGCUGGGCAGAGCCCUCCCGCCCCCCCCGCCCAGGUGGCACAGAGCCUGGCAGAUGGACAGCUGCUGGGGGUUUGGGCUCGGGAAGCUUGAUGAGCCAAGCUGACAGAGGAUCCAGUUAUGCACCCCUGGGGGGUGGCAGGGUCCUCUGCUGCGGUGCAUGAUCCCUCGGCAUGCAGGACUCACACCUGGACAGAUUAUGCCUUGGACAUAAGUUUGGUGGGGAAGCGGUUUUCCUAUUUAUUCUGUGAGUUACUGGAUGUCCAACAAGGCCCGGGGCCUAACUUGGGCACAGUGCCAGGGCACUGCCUGCCCCCCACCCCAGGAACUGGACUAAAACCUGCCGAGGAGCAUGGGGGCUCCCGGGAAGCUGUGGGUGGGAGCUGAGCCUGAGGGGGGCCGUGCCCAGCUGUCCUCGGCAAUGUGAAUGGGUCCGGUGCUUGGAGCUGAAGGGCAGGGGUGGGCACGAGUUUCUGCAGGUCCUGUAGCAUGUGUGUGCCCACAGCCCCCGGGCAGGCAGGCAGAGUGAACUGUCUGCUGAGGCCGAGUCCAGAGCCGCCACCGCCAUCCCUGCCCCUCCCAGGGGCAGCCCCUUCCCCUCAGUCCCAAGGUCCUCCUCGGCAGCCGGAGCUGUCCUUGUGUUGCUGGGUGCCAGGAAAGAGCCCCUGGCCUCCACAGCUUCAAGGAAAGGGCGAGGGGAGGCAGAGGGAGCUGUUUGUCAAAGUGACUCCCCGCCUCUCCUCCCUAACCCGGGCUGGUGAGGAGCAGGUGCCCCAAGGGGAGAGGGAACGGUGCUGCUUUAUUUGAAAUGUUUUCUUACCUCAUUCCCUGCCCCCAGGAAGGGGUCCAGCCUCACCCUCCUGGGGUCACCCCAAUGUUCCUCCUGCCUGUCCUGCCCCACUGCCCUGCUGGGGCAGCCCGAGUUCCCAACUGCUGCUUGCCACCACCCCCUCCACCUCGACCAGCUUCGGUUCCUCUCAGAUGCUCCUGCCACCCAAGCCUGCCCUCUUCCCCCUCCCUUAGCGCUUUUAAGUUAUUUAUUCUGUACUUGUGGUUUGGGGCUCUGAGGAAAAUCCUGGUCUUUUUU